ACUUACGGCUCCGAUGGUUGUGCUGUUGCUGUGUCGUUGGUGUCAAGGGUUCUCGAAAUCGAGUCGUAUCCAUGUAUCGAGGAGCUGCUCAGCCUUCUUGCCCCAGUUAACUUCCAAGCUGCGGGCGCAUACAUAAGCCGAAUUGUUCCACCAGGGAAGGCAUCGGACUGUCUCACCUCUAUUGACUACCUUACACAUAAUCCCGAACAUCUCUCAAACCUCACGCCUCCAGCCUAUUACCCGUACACAGUCAUCUACACCAUCGAGACCAUGCUUCUUACAAUGAUGCACGCGGCCGCCGUCUUUAUCACUUGCUCAGCGUGGUUCCUGCUCUGCAAUGGGUUCCAAGACCACCGCCACGGUCAUGGGUUUACACCACUGUGCGGGAUCAGGGACCUUUUGAUGGAAACUAUACCAACUUGCGCAGCCACCUGCUGGGAAGGGGCGAAUUAUGGCAACUGCAGCAUGCACAUCCCAGACGCGACAUGUCUCUGCAGCGACCUAACGUUCGCGGAAAGCCUCUACGAAUGUAUCGGUGCCAACUGUUCUGCGGAGGACGCAGACGAAUAUACGAAGAUUGCGGGGGAUGCUUGCGACAGUGUCGUAAGUGCCGCAGGAAUUGCAUCGACCGCUCACCCAGCUGACCCUAUCCUACAGGGCAUGAACAUAACCAUCCCCUCCUUCAUUGUGCAAGCAAGACUUGAUUAACAUUAAUCCAAGAAGCCUGCGUGCGGGUUAGCGAUUAUAGAGAUACUAGAACAUGUAAAUCACAGCAUUAAUAUUAAUGCGUACCACCGGUCGCAAUAAGCCAGCUCUGACCUGGACGAAUGGAUGUAUAACGCUGCAGUUCAUGGCAU